GCCUGAAACACCUUUUCUACUUGUGCUUCAAACAAAGGAACUUUUACUAUGAGGUAAAGUGGAUGAGAUGGAUAUAGUUAUGCUAUCUUAUUUCCUGAGUAAUGCUCUGGAGGGAAGCAGUUAGCUUCUUAUUAUGAAGCUAACAACCCCUUUAGGCCCACUACAGAGUGCUACCACAUCCAAACUUUUUUAUUUUGUUUCAAAGAACAUACUUGUAAUAAUCAAGCAAAUCUAAAAUCACUAAACCAUCUGGUUACUACCUUAAUAUUUUCAAUGUUCUUUUUUUUUCCCCUUUUUUUCUGAAAGAACUGUAAUUGUUUAAUCACAGUUAGAUGAUUAAAUGUUUUCACUUUUGCUUGACUGUUUGAAAGGAUAACGUAAAACAUGAAUGGAAUUGGCACGAUCAAGAGUACCUGGAGAUUGUUUUUGGAAACUACAAGUAAUAUAGUUAUGAACUUAUGAGAACUGCAUAGAUGUUUUUUCAAGUACAAAAUAGAUAUAUAUUCUGUUAGUCAUCUGACCUUAACUGAUCAAAAUUCUUAACAUUAUGAUGUUGUGGUGGUAUUAUAUGUAUUGUUAUUAACUUAUUAUCCGGGAUCUCAAACUAAUAUGGAACUAGAUUUGUAAUGCUUUAAACUACAGAGUUUAUUGAUGUUGAUUGACUGAAUACAAUCUCAUGUAUUGGUAUGCAAUGCAAUACAAUCAUAGUUGGCAUUGCAUUCAAAAGCCCUAACAAAAAAAUGAUAUGGCUGUCUUGAUUUUCUAUUUUUCAUUUUUCUUUAUCCGAAGCAUAUGAAAACUCCAUUUUUCAUUUCCCUAUAGUGUUGGUCUUUCCUGGAUAUAUGUAAUUUAAUAGAUUAGAUUUGAUUGGUGGUAUUUCUGCAUUGAUAAACCAUGUUUUCAAUUUCAGUACUGGGAGGACCAUUCAUAAAACAUCAUUUGACAGUCAAGUUACCGCUAUGGACCAUGCUCACACUGGACAGAUCAUUUUCUGUGGAGAUGGGACGGGGUUUAUAUAUUCUGUCAGUAUGAAUUCUCACACAGGAGUAUUAUCCCGCUCUCAUCGGCAUCAAAGUAGUAGCAGGCAGAAAUCUCCAGUCACAACUGUGGAGUCCCGAAGUUUUUCUCUGUUGGCUCGGGGCCCUGUGUUGCUGACAUGUACUCAAGAUGGAAGUUUGUCUUUCUUCAGUGUUGCGCUGGAAAUACAAGGUUAUUUGGCUCUUCAUUGCUCACUCAAAUUAACUCCACGAAUAUACAAUAUCCGGGCUCUUCAUGGGUUAUGGAAGCUGCAGUAGUUAUGGCACUUGUCCUUGCUAAUGGGGGAGGUGAAGGUCCUGACUGGCAAGACUUUGUUGGGAUUAUUGUCCUAUUAAUAAUCAAUUCAACCAUUAGUUUUGUAGAGGAGAAUAAUGCGGGAAAUGCUGCAUCAGCUCUUAUGGAACGUUUAUCUCCAAAGACAAGGCAUAAGUCUAUAUGGGGGUCAAGAAAGAUUUGUGUCUCUGCAAUGGGUCAGCAGGUUUGUGUCUCUGCAAGCUCACUGGCCAUUCCGUUUUCUAUGACCACUUCUAUGAUUUGGGUGAUUCCGUUCAUGAUCAGAUUGUGAAACUAGUACAGCAGUACAACAGUAUAGCUAGCUAGUUCCUUUAUUAACUUGUGUCUAGUAGAAAUUUUUCAUUCAUCAAGCAUUUAGACUUGUCUUCAGAUCCAGAUUAGUAUAUAUGAGUUAUUUUGAACUGAAGUUCAUGAUUAAGUUUGUGUACA